CUGACAACACAACGUCGCUUCGAAAAUGGCCAGAAGCGCCGAGGCACGCCGCCGCAAGAACAAGUCCGACAAAGCUCGAGAGAAGCUCCGCAAGCAAAAGCUCAAAAUCACGAUUGACCGCAGCGUCAAGGGCCGUGGCAAACACUACACGAAACUGCGGCAACGCCAAUGGGUCGACAAGAUCAGGUACAAUGAGAAGAAGUCCACCAUGGCAUUCUUGUUAAGCGAGCGGGUCAAGGAGCGUGUCCGCGCCGGUCAAGGGUAUCCGCAAGCUCACCUGCUCGGCAUCCCGCGCGAAGUCCGCCAGCAAAUCCUGCUGAACGUCAUCCCCUCCGAUGUACUCACCGACCUCACGACUGCAAAGCUCCGGAAGUUCUGCCAUAUGCUUGCAGGCGUCCACCCGGUUAUUGGCGCUGAGAUGCCAUUCGUCCACAAGCAGUACGAGCGGGAGCGUGUCGAACUUCUGCGCACCCGCAACCAGCAGUGUAUCAUUCCAAGCCGGCUAAUCAGCGAGCUCCUCAACCCCAUCGUCGCGAACCGCUUGCCGCAGAAGAAGGGAGGCACGGUCAAGUAUCUCAAGUUGAAGAAGCAAGCCAGAUAUAGACCCCAACGUUGCUGGAAGUGCGGAUGGCGCCACUACGGCGACACGGUUGUCUGCAAGCCGUACAAGCAACCUGACGACGACGAUCUGGGAGGAUGGGGAAAGAGUCUGAGGAGCCAAACUGAACACCAGAUCGAGAGCUGGGGCCUUGACAACUGGCUGGCAGAGCGGAAGGUAGAUGAUCGGCUAUGAUGGGGAUCAAUCGCUUCACUUAAAUAUGACUGACCAUUUCUAGAACAAACCUACUGUGUUUGGACCACCAGGAGGACCACCACGUGGAGGACCCCCCGGGUUUCCCCCGGCGAGCUUCUGAGGCCGUCCGCCUGUUGGAUUAGGUGGACCUCCGGG